GACAAUCAGCGCUCUCGCGCUCCACUUCCUCAAACACCUCCGUCUCCGGAGGUCAGGGUUUAACUUUGUCCCGACGCGUCCCGCGUGCACGAAUGUCCGGUCCGGCUCGCGGACCCGGAGCGGCGCGAGGAGCCCGGCGGGGGGUCGUCGCGCUUCUCGCGCUCCUCACCUGCUGCGCCAGGUGUGCUGGCGACAAGCCGAGCAACGUCAUCCUCAUCCUCGCGGACGACCAGGACGUGCAGCUGGGGGGGAUGACCCCCAUGAAGAAGACUAAAGCCUUAAUAGGAGACGCGGGGGCAGUAUUUGUGAAUGCUUUCACGGUGACCCCGCUGUGCUGCCCCAGCAGGAGCAGCGUCCUGACGGGCCGAUACCCCCACAACCACCAGGCGAGGAACAACUCGGUGUCGGGGGGCUGCUCCAGCGCCCCCUGGCAGACGGGCCCCGAGGCCUCGGCCUUCCCCGUCUACCUCAGCAAGCAGAAGUACCAGACCUUCUUCGCCGGGAAGUACCUGAACCAGUACGGCAAGAAGGAGGCCGGAGGCGUGGGCCACGUCCCACCGGGCUGGGACCAGUGGCACGCACUGGUGGGAAACUCUCUGUACUACAACUACACGCUGUCGGUGAACGGCGUGGAGGAGAAGCACGGAGACCGCUACGAGUCGGACUACCUCACGGACCUCAUCACCAACCGGUCGCUCCACUUCCUGGAGGACCGGAGCCCCCAGCAUCCCUUCUUCCUCAUGCUGUCUCCUCCGGCUCCCCACUCGCCCUGGACGCCGGCGCCCAAGUACCAGAAGCAGUUCGGCGACGUCAAAGCGCCUCGAGACGGAAGCUUCGACAAACCGGGGAAGGACAAACACUGGCUGCUGCGUCAGCCCGUGAACCCCAUGCCGGACAGCUCGCUCUCCUUCCUGGACAGCGCCUACAGGAAAAGGUGGCAGACGCUGCUGUCUCUGGACGACCUGGUGGAGUCGCUGGUCAACAAGCUGGAGAGCAUCAAAGAGCUCAACAACACCUACAUCUUCUACACCUCGGACAACGGCUACCACACAGGUCAGUUCUCGCUGCCCAUCGACAAGAGGCAGCUCUACGAGUUCGACAUCCGGGUCCCGCUGAUGGUCCGAGGCCCGGGAAUCAAAGCCAAGCAGACGCUGCAGGCUCCGGUGCUGAACAUCGACCUGGCCCCCACCAUCCUGGACAUCUCUGGGACCAACCUGUCUUCAGUGGACGUGGACGGACAGUCGUUCCUCUCUCAGAUGGCCCCCUCCCUGCGUAACGGGACCGCUCGUCCCUUCUUCCUGGUGGAGUACAACGGGGAGGGGCAUCCCACCACGGACCCCGCCUGCCCCAAACUGGGCCCGGGACUCUCUCAAUGUUUCCCGGACUGCGUUUGCGAGGACGCCUUCAACAACACGUACGCCUGCGUCCGCACGCUGGACGCUCGCCACGACCUGCAGUACUGCGAGUUCGCCGACGCCGAGUCCUUCGUGGAAGUGUACAACCUGACGUCGGACCCCCACCAGCUGGAGAACAUCGUGAAGCGGGUGGAUCCGGCCGUCCUGCAGACCAUGAACCAGCGGCUCAUCAAGCUGCAGUCCUGUCGGGGAGACAGUUGCCGUGACAACGCGUGACGGCCGCUCUGUCUCCUUUACGCCGGGACGUCUGCUGUUCUGAAACCAUGAAUCUGAACAACCAAAGAUGUCGUUUCUUUUUCUUUGUAUUAAUUCACUCAGUGCUCACCAGCGGCUAAUUAGCUUAGCAUUAUAAAUAUUCACAAGAUGUCUUCAAGAGUGAACAAAGGCAACCGCAAAGCUCUUUAAUCGUAGAAGUUUGAAUAAUCCGUGGAAAACAUUUCUAAUAUUCGGGAGUCGCUAAAUGUCUUUGUUUUUGUAACAAAGUGGGACAUUUAGUUUGUCACCAUUGGACAGAGUGAGGUCUUUAUGCUAAGCUAAGCUAAGCUAACCAUCUCCUUCAACCGAACCCUCCUUCUUUAAUGUAUUUCUUGUUCUCCUCAGAUUUAAACACUUUCAAAGACAUUUUAAUCCUCAUGUUUUAUAUUUUACACCUGAGUAUCAACGACGUUUGUAAGGAGCCUUUUUUUAAAGUCUUAAAGUCACUUUUUGGUGACGAUGUUUCUGUGAUGAAUCCAUCGAGGGGGACGUUUCAUUUGAAGCGAACUCUUUGAUCUUUGAGCUGCCGACGCCUUUAAAUGUGAAUAUCUGCACUGUGACCAAAAUAAACUGAAUCAAGAGAAGCAUUUCAUGUGUUUCACAGAAUAAAAUGUACUAUUUAGUAUUUGUCAACCGCAUAGAAACAUUAACUAACUACUAUAUAACACACUAAGUUAUAAACGAGCCACAAGGGCGUUUUCAAAGUUCAUUAAUGUACAUAUGAGCAUCUAUGAUUUUAGUAGUUUGAAGGUUUAUUUGAACAAGAAAAUAAAAUCCCAGCUGUGAGUCAAGAGUCUGUUUAAGAGCCUGAAGCUUCUCGACCCACAUUAAAAAAUAAAUAAAUGUCAUUUCUGGUUCUUAUAUAGAAAUAUAAAUAUCUUUUGAAAGAAACUGACUCCAUGAUUUAAGUUUCCAUAAUGAACAAAAUAGUUAUUUGCAUUCUCUCACUUACCAUGACAGUUAUUAGUUUAUUUAAAUUGAUUCUUUAUUCUACCAUCUGUUUCAUUUACAGGUUCUGAUUUCUCUAUUUGGUUUAUUUAGUAUUUUUACUGCUGUUUGUUGUGUGACACACUAAACUUUGUUUUGAUA